UCCUUUAAUCUCCAGCCUCUGUUCCCCAGUGAGCCAGAACGUCCUCACCUGUUGGCAGGAGUGUGUGUCCUGGGAUCGUCUCACACACAUGCUGCCACACACCGCCGAGCUUUAGAGGGAAGUUGUGAUUGCACUGGGCCCGCUGUACAGCAGACCAGACAGUGCUUCUCUCUGUCUGAACCUCCCAGGAAGACACCACGCUGGCAGAAGAUGUCCACAAGUUGGCCUGGAACGGCAAGCGUUGUUCAUUCUUGCAGAACAACAACUAAAGCCGAAAAAAAUAAUAAGGAACAUAAAGAAAGUUCUCUGUUGUUCUCUGAAGACGACGUCUCUUGCACAACACAUCAUGACAUGGAAAUCUUCCAAAUCUGACAACCAGCCAAAACCCCUCUGGGAAGCCCUUUUAUUCACUGACAUGUACCAAUUAUUUCAUAUUAGGACUAAAUACUGUGCACAACAAAGAUAUUACAUUGAAACGAGACGGUAAAAAAAGAAAGGAGUGGUGGUUCAAAAGGAGGCAAAGGGAACAAACCAAAAUGGAAAAUCCGUCACAGGCCCGGGUGUGGAAGUUGUUAAUGGUGAACGCUUUAUCAUGUGGCGUGGAGGCAUGCAUGGCUGCAGGAACCGUCUACAUCCCACCUCUACUGCUGCAGGCGGGCAUGGAGGAACGCUACAUGACUAUGGUGCUCGCAAUGAGUCCAGUUCUGGGUUUGAUCUUUAUACCCAUGAUUGGCUCAGCUAGUGACUCGUGGCGUGGCCAUUUUGGUCGGCGGCGGCCGUUUAUCUGGAUGCUGAGCCUGGGGGUUUUACUGGGCCUGCAAGUCAUACCACAGGCCUGGCGCCUGACUGUGCUGAUGUCCCCGCAGCACCCUCAAUGGCUGGAAGCUGUUCUGCAGGCUGGAGGUGUGUGCCUGAUGGACUUCUGUGGACAGGCCUGUUUAACCCUGCUGGCGGCUAUGCUGUCAGACCUGUUCCCUGCAGAGGAGGAAAACCACAGAGCAUUCUCCGUUUACUCCCUGAUGACCAGCCUGGGGGGGUGCCUGGGGUUCUUCCUUCCUGCCAUGGACUGGAGCCAAGUACCCAUAGCUACAUACCUGGGAGGGCAAGAGGCCUUUGUCUACGCCCUGCUCACCUUCCUCUUCCUUAGCUGCCUCUUCACCACCGCCUUUAUCCCAGAGGAGACUGGAACCAGAGGAGGAGAGGGGAAGACUGUUGCCCGCAGCCCUUUGAGAAGCUGGAGCAGCAGAUACUGCCCUCACUCGUUCCUGCUCCGGCCUCAGCGUUACCUUGUGGCGCUGGGCCGAUGUGCGUCAGCAUGUAUGUCAGUGUUCCCUCGUGUGUAUACAACGUGUGUGCGUGUGCCGGCGGUCAUCUGGAGACUGUUUGUGGCGGAGAUGUGCAGCUGGAUGGCGCUAAUGAGCGUCAUGCUCUUCUUUGCUGACUUUAUGGGGGAGGCAUUGUACCAGGGAGUUCCCAGUGCAAAGCCACAGUCACAGGAAAGAGAACACUAUGAUGAAGGUGUGCGUAUGGCCAGUCUGGGUCUCUUCUUGCAGUGUGUGGUGUCGGUGCUGUGCUCUGUGCUCAUGGACCGCUGGGUUGCUCUGCUGGGAGUCAGGGUGGUGUACAUCAGCGGCGUAGCUCUGUUGGUGUUUGCCACCAUCGUUCUGAGUGUCUCGGAAAGUGUGAUAACGGUCACUGCCAUGGCGGCUGUGACAGGAUACACACUCAGUGUCCUUCAGGUCCUGCCAUACACCCUGCUAUGUCUCUAUCACUCAGAUAUACAAGCUUUUUUCACAUCAUCCAAGCCCAGACCUCCUCAGCUCAACAAAAAUGUGGCUGUAGCAGUGCGUACUGAGCCCCUCAUCUCCUUGGGUCCAGCCACUCCUCAUGCUCAAGGCCACACAGGGGGACUGUCUUCACCUGGGGCAGAGCCCGCUGUUGGCUCGCCCCAUGUUUUACUGUUUGUGGCUGGAGGUGACACAGGUGACACGGACUGCACACCAUUCUCACAAAGAGGGAUGUGUUUUGACAUGGCAAUACUGGACAGCGCCUACCUGCUCUCACAGGUGCUGCCGGCAAUGUGCCUCGGCUCGAUAGUGCAGCUGACUAACAGUGUGAGGGCUUACAUGGCCUCUGCCUGCUGCUUCAGCCUGCUGGCUUUACUCUGCUCUACCAGGGUUGUCUACAGCCAUGCUGACCUCCAACGCUGACCACCUCUCCAUCAAGAACAUCAGCAGAGGAUACAGUGUCACCUCUGAUGCUGAAGUGGUUACAGUUACUGUGUUCUUGAGGGUUUACAGAUGUUCAGGGACCUGUGUGGGCAUUGUGACAUACAUCAAGUAAUCCUUUUAAGAUUCGAGUUGUAUUGUCAUUGCAUUCAAGGUACAUGCCACGUGUCAAAUGUAGCAUCAGUUUAAGGCAGCACAUAUUUUCUCAAUGCCGUUAAUGUGAGAUGUGGAUGUUGCUUUAAUCACACUCAGAGCAAUUUGUUGCCAGUAAAAUCAGUGCACUGAACUAUGUUCAUGUAUUAAAUGACUUUGUUUUUAUUAUAUUCGUGUAUAGGCAAUGAUAGGGAGUGAUAUCCUGCUGUGUACUGUUGCUAAGAAACCACACUGGAGUCUUGACACUCCUUGUGUGCUGAAUUAUGCUGCAGUCUCCUCAUCCAUAUGCUCUGUUUGGCUUCUAUGGAGGACACACAGCCAGCGUGUAGUAACUGAAUUACGCUAAUUACUCUAUAGAGAGAAAAAAAAUAUCAACCUUUCAAAUGAAGCUACCUUCCCAGCCAGCUGUCUCAGUUGUAUAGAGCCAUACUGGUUAUUCAUUAUCUAGGUCAAUGACUAAGAUAUCAUUUUGUCCUACUAUUGCUCCACCUCUGGCACCAUUAUGUCAACAUCUCAGGGACAAUAUUGACAUGUCAAAUUUUACAAUGCAUCUGUCAGAUUUUCUUAUCUAGAAUGAGUCUAGAGGCACCUACAGUGUGACCAAGGACAUUCAAAUAUUGCACUGAUGUCAGUCUGUCAUUAAAGUUACUUGGAUAUGUUGCAUGUGAAAGAUACCUGCAACAGUUUAUUUGCAAUGCUCUGUACAUACAGCUGUUGCUGUUGUACGUCUUCCCACGGGGUGUUAACUACAAGCAGUGAACGUGUGUGUGUGAAAAGCAGAGAAUUUGAUGAGACGAUUAUUAUUCUCAUCUUCAUGCGUUAAGUAUGGAGCCAGGAGGCAAUUAGCUUGGUUUAGCAUACAGACUGGAAGCAGGGGGGAAACUGUUAACUAAGCUCUUUCCAAAAUUCUAAAAUAACUAUACCAACACCUCGAAAGCUAAGUAAUUAAAGUUGUAUCUUGUGUGUUUAAUCCCUGUUGAUUGUAUCAUCUAACUCUAAGCAAGAGAAUAAGCAUUUUGUUGAAUGCCUGUAAGGCUUGUUUUUAGCUUGACCAACAUAUUUAUCCAUCAUUUUCAAAGUGUUUACCUGAAUCAACAGCCAUAUAACUCUAUCAAUCCACAGAUGAUUCCAUAGGAGUAAUAUUGUGUGUAUAUAUGAAAAUAUACAUGUGCCACCAUGAGUUAUAGAAAUGGGAAGUAAGAAAGUACAAAUAUUAGUUUUUUCACUCCCUAUAUUUUUACACCGAAAUCUGUGCUUUCUACUCCUUCAAAACAAGCUUGUUACUUUCAUUUUAUUAAUGCAUUUGAGAGGAAUAAAUGUCUUUUGUGUCAUUGUACGCCUUCCCUACAUCAAUAACGGUGCAUAUCACGCGUGACAUGAUGAAACAAACAAGAGAGGGUGACUCACCGUUUGGAAGUUUCUGUUAGCUUUGCACAGAAAGGUAGAAAUAUCCUUCAGAGAAACCAGGAGAGUAGUUUUUACUUUUAUACUUCAAGUACAUUUCAGAGCCUGUAGUUUCUCACUUUUAUUUGAGUAAAGCAGUUGAAUCAGUACUUUUAUACUUUUAUCAGAGUAUUUUUACAGUAUCUGUACUUCUGCUUGAGUAAAGAAUGUGUGUACUUUGACCACCUCUGAUGAGUAACUGUAAUAACUCAUGUAUAACGGAGAUUUUAAUAAUCAUUUCAUAAUCCCUUUUGUGUGUGUUACCCUUGUUUAUCAAGGUUUCUUGUAUGUAUUUAGAAAAAAGAUUAAUGGUGGAGUUUUUAAACCUUGGUUUAAAUGUUAUAUUUUUAUGUGUUGUUUAGUUUGCGCCUUUUGAUACACAAAUGCUGUAAUUUUUUUUGUAUCAUUUCAAUCAUUUUCCCAUCUCCUGUUGGUGUAAGGAUGAAUUAUUUGGAAUCUGACUUUUUGUCGUUGCUAAACCACCAGAGGGCGCCUUUGUACAACAGACCAGCAGCACACCUUUCCUUCUUCAUCAAGUUCAUGGUUGUACUGAUAAAUAAUAGAGGGUCUCUAAAAGAAAAAGACAUGUGAGGAUAUGGUUUCCUCAUGGCACUUAUACCAAUGUCCUCAAUGUGGUAAUGAUUUGAAUAAAUGCAAAGAUUUUCAGUCUGAA